GUUCGUGUUUUGGUCGGAAUCGCAUCGAAAAAUUUCCAUCAUUUAAGGAUUGCGUUGGUGCCUCGCAUUAACGAAAAUCUCCGCUUCCGCUGGUGCCACGCCGGCUAUAAAUAAAUUCUCGAAAACCGGUGCAGAUUUCGGGCCACAAAGAUGCCGAAUCCGACGGCAGCAUCAUGGGUAAAGUUCUUCACAAACGCCGACAUCCCAUCCCAGGCAGCUGCAACCUAUGCGCACGUAUUCGUCGAAAAUCGCAUCCAGAUGGACAUGUUGAUGGACCUGAAUAAGGAGUACCUUCGCGAGAUGGGCAUUACGACGAUGGGCGACAUCAUAGCUAUCCUGCGCCACGCCAAGAAAGUGUCCGAGCAGAGUGCACGCGAGAAAGUGCUAUCGCUGCCAGAAACGGAGGUUUCCGUUCCCGUAGCAACCGUGUCCGGUACGCCCAACACGGUCACCGUUAGCAACGGCAAAAAGCUCGAGAAGGCAUCUUCCACUCGUAUUGUGUCUUCGGUUGGAUCAUCGUUGAGCGAAGGCAAAUCGAGGCGAGUGUUGCCAGAGCAUGAGGGCAAGUACAAAAUCACACUCCCAGCGGGAAGCACCGCGCGCAGCAAAGAAAUCCUCGACAGGAAGCUCAGUAUUGGCAAGCACAAAGCAACCGACGGCGAUACGACCGAGAGAGAGUCCAGCUCAAGCUCAGGCCGCAUUGUGGCGGGGACAAAGCGGGGCAGCAUAUUUGACCGCCUAAAUACGGAUGAUGAUGACGAACUACCCGCGAGUACGGCCGUUGGGUAUGCAAAGACACAGAAAAUCGACACAAACAGUCCACCACCACAGCAGGCUAGUUCUAGUUCCUCCAUAUUUGCGCGCCUCGGUGGACGCGAUCGUGGAGAACAGCGAACAGCAGUUAGCGGCCACAGUGAGGCACCAUCGUCUAGUAUUUUGAAAAAAUCACCCAUCUCUCACCGUACAUCACUGACCACUUCUGACCAGCGCAAGGUCACACCGAUGGAGCAGAAAGUGAUUUUGGUUAAAAAGAUACCGGCCAAAGCGACCAAACUGUCGUCGGAUGAGGACGAGGAACCGGAAGACUAUCGGCGAUCGGCGGAGUCGUAUGGAGCCGGUGCGGACCCGGCGACGGGCCUGAAAUCAGUAUCCUUUUCGGCAGAGGACGAAGUGCUGGAAAUAGCGCCUCGGAAGACGUACAAAUCCGGCGCCACUUCCGGUGGCCGUUUGCAUUUUAACGAUCGAGAUGUGCCAGUGAAACAGCGCCUGGGUGGGGCGGGCGCUAUCCUCAAUCGAGGAAAGCUCGUGACCGGUUCCACGGCGAGCCAUCGUGGACCCCGGUUGGUGGACCACCACGGUGGCCCGAAAGCUCUGCACGGCACCAAGAAGGUCACGCCGAUGAAACACUCCGUUGGUGGUGGAAAACGGCUGUCCCCGGUUUCGCGUGCCACCAUGAAACUGGAUACCGUGGUUCACGGGCGCAAACAACCGGUGCACACGCGCUUAAGCUUGGGUUCCGCACGCGCCGGUUCCGAUGCCCAGCAACUAGUGAAACGGGUCGAACGGUUUAGCCUCGAUUCGAAGCUAUCGAAAGUCGACAAAGGCAACAAUGGGAGUGUUUUUAAUAGACUUGGCUACAAUCGUAAGUAAACGGGCGGGUGCAUUCGAAGCCCCAUAACGAUUUCUCUCUCACAAUAAACUUCGUCGAAUACAACAAC